CAUAAACUUGUGUCUUCUUGUUUUUCUUCACAUUAUUUUUCCUUCUUACUUUUUUCUUUUUUCCUCGUACACAAGACAAUGGUGAAUGCUCAAGUUUCUCUUGCUUUCUUUUCCCUUUGUUUCAUCCUUCUAAUUUCAGGGGCUUUAUCAACGACGUUUACGCUAGUAAAUCAAUGCAAUUGUAAAGUAUGGCCAGGAAUUUUAUCAGGUGCAGGCAUUGCACAACUUGCUCCAACAGGAUUCCUGCUAAAUCCUGGCGAGUCUGUUUCCAUCCCCGUUCCAACGGGAUGGUCAAGGCGUUUAUGGGGUCGGACUUUCUGUUCCCAAGAUUCAUCCACGGGCAAAUUCGCUUGUGCAACAGGUGAUUGUAGCUCCGGAACACUGGAGUGUUCCGGAACUGGAACUGCUCCGCCAGUUACUGUGGCGGAGUUUACAUUGAAUGGUGCUGGAGGGUUAGAUUUCUAUGAUGUUAGCCUUGUGGAUGGUUAUAACUUGCCUAUUCUUGUUAGUCCACAAGGCGGGACAGGAGUUGGAGGAGUUGGAAACUGUUCAACGACUGUCUGUGUUGGUGAUCUCAACGAGGCGUGCCCAAAGGAGCUGAAGAAGAUGAUGGAUAGUCAUAGCAGCAACCAGUAGUUACAGUAAUGUGUGUAAUGUAAGAGCGCGUGUGAAGCGUUUGGUGAUCCGAGAUACUGUUGUAGUGGAUCAUACGCGACGCCUGAUACGUGUAAGCCAACGGAUUACUCAGAGUUCUUCAAGAAUGCAUGUCCAAAAUCUUAUAGCUAUGCUUAUGAUGAUGGCACCAGUACCUUCACUUGUAGUUCUGCAGAUUAUGCUAUCUCCUUUUGUCCUGCUUCUUCUGAUAGGUAUGUAGCCAACUUGUUUCCUCUGUUUGACUCUAACUUUUUUUUUUUUUUAAAUAAUCGUGAUGGUCACACCUUGACUGAUUCCACGAGAUACCACCCAGGAUUUAGGGGUCGCGGGCUAAGUUGGGCGGACUCUUCACUUUCAAUGCCGGCACCCGUGUCGGAUUCUCCAAAAAUACACUAGU